GCGGACGUCUAGUUCCUUUCCGGGUUCGGUAGGCUUCGGUGGAUUUUGCGGUACCUUGAGGCUCGAGGAUAUCGCGCGCGUACCCAAGCUUGAGAGCGGUAAGCUCAAGGAGGGAAUACCGCCGCCGCCUCCACCUGGUCAGGUGGUCCAACAGAGCAGUGAGGUUGCCGUGAAGGUCGACAUCGGGAUCGGUGGAUGGAGCGCGCGCCCCCUCUCGCCGACUGUGCCCAAGAGAUAUACAAAGUGGGUCAGGACGGUGAGGAACACGGGCGACGGAAGCAGGGAGGCAGAAGAUGUGACUGCUACUGCUGCCGCUACCAAGCUCUUGGCAAACAGCGCCGGGAUUGAGGCCGUCCUCGACAAGUCCUUGAAGCGACCUGGCAGCCGCGACCAGAAGGCAAUCCCGAAAGUGGGUGCCUCUUGUGGAAGCUUCAGCCAGACAAACCCGUCCGCAUCCAUGAAGAAGAGCAGCAGCGUCCCUUCUGUCGCUGCAAGGGCCAUGAAGGAGCGCUACGGCAGCCAAAGUGGCACCAAGAUCAACCAACUGACGUCCGCGGCGGCUCGAGCUGAGCUUGCCCGCCAGGUGCAAGCUGUCAGUUUGGUACUUCGCUUCGAGGGAGCAGCUUUCCAGCAUCUCCUUGUGAGGUGCUUCGGAGGCUGGAAGCCAAGCGGCCUGGCUUGCACCGCAUGCCUUGGAACACGAAAGCCUCGGGUGCCAAGCCUGGGCCUUCUGGGGAAAGACAUCGACGGCUACAAUGCGAGGGGGCCGUUUUGGGAAUGGACUCCAGCCUCGGUGCCUCGGAAGCAGUUCUUUCUGGGUGUAGCACAGAGCGUGACAAGCAAGAGUAAGAGCGAUUCUGGUGGCCUUUCCAUCCGUCUGUGGCUUUGGAAGAAAGAGGAGGCGGGGACAUCUUUGACAGAGCACAUCCUGUUCUCCCCAUGCCCCAAUUUCAGAGUUACCGGCGUGCAGCUGUUCCGAACCAAAAGUGUGGUGGUGCUGCAUAUUGGUGGUCCCUACCGAGACCAGGGCGGCGAAGCGGAUCUCCACCUCAUGGGCUUCGGCGUGGUCUUUCACGCGACGGCGGGCAAAGCACCGCCUUUCAUGCUCCUGGUCUCCCAUGGCGCAUCCUGUGACAGCUUUCCUGUGGUGGCACACGCCUUCCAGCACCUUGCAGUCCACGGAGUGCCCCCGACGGUCAUCCUUCUGGGGACCAACCACAGGUGCAUUGGUGAGCGGAUCGCCCUUAGCAGCCGCCCAUGGCGAACGCCUUUGGGGACCGUGGAGGUGGACGCCCAGAUUCUCAACAAGUUCGUCUCUCUGGGGUACCCGGUCGAUGAGAGAGGUCAUGCCAGAGAGCACAGCAUUGAGAACCAGCUGCCAUUCCUGCAGCACCUGGCGCCCAGUGUUCGCAUCGUGCCCAUUGGCUUGUCGCAGCUAACACUUUCCGAAGCCGAGCAGCUGGCCAAAGAUAUUGUGGCAGCCACACAGCGUGAAAAUGUUCUGCUCAUCGCAACAACAGACUACCUCCAUGCCGGCGAGGGCUACUACGACCAGCCCCCUCGGGGUAUGCACCUGCACGAGUUUAUUCGCAAGCGUGACGCUCCAUUGCUGGCCUCCAUCGAGCAAUGUUCAACCGAAGAGCUAAUCCGCGCAUCUGGACAGACGGGUAUGUGUGGAUUGUGGCCAGCAGUUGUAAUUCUCACAUGCGCCAAGUUGAUGCGCUUCACCAAGU